UCGAUUUCCGGUUCCGCUAGGCGCUGCUGCCGGCUCGGCGCGGGUGCUCCGCUGCCUGAACACCCGCCGUGCAGCGACCCGAGCGGAGGAGGAUGAGCUUCGAGCACCGCAGGGACUGGAGCCGCGGCGGAGGAGGGGGCCCCCGGCCUUCCUCCUCCUCCGCGGGGGGACACGAAGGCCGAGGGGGCCGGGGGCGGCAUCCCAGUCACCUCAAGGGCCGCGACAUCGGGCUGUGGUACGCGCGGAAACAGAGCCAGAAAAGCAAAGAGCCCGACAGGCAGCAGAGAGCCGUUGUGCGUAUGGAUGAACACAGGGAAGAACAGAUUGUACAGUUGCUGAAUACUGUCCAGACUAGAAAUGAAAAAGAACAAGAAUCUGUGUCAUGGUGGUCCGGUGAGGAAGAAGGUCAAGAGGUACCUGCAGAGAAACCAACGUUGGCGAAGACUUCUGUAAAGCGGAGACCAAUUUUGGAGAAAACUUUCCUAGAUCGAGAUUCAGAAUAUCUCUUUCAAGAAAAUGAGCCGGAUAUUGAUUUGAAUGAGAAAUUUAGAGAAGAGUUAAGAAAGAAGAAAUUUGAUCCUAGAUACAUUGAAAUGCAGAGAUUCCGAGAGAAACUUCCUUCAUAUGGGAUAAGAAGGGAACUGGUAACUGUGAUAAAUAAUAAUCAGGUGACUGUGAUCAGUGGUGAGACUGGUUGUGGAAAGACUACACAAGUUACUCAGUUCAUUCUGGAUGACUAUAUAGAGAGAGGGAAAGGAUCUGCUUGCAGAAUUGUAUGUACCCAACCUAGGAGGAUCAGUGCUAUCUCAGUGGCAGAGAGAGUUGCAGCUGAAAGGGCAGAAGUGUGUGGUAAUGGCAAGAGUACAGGGUACCAGAUUCGUCUCCAGAGUCGGUUACCAAGGAAACAAGGUUCCAUUCUGUACUGUACAACAGGAAUCGUCCUACAGUGGCUCCAAUCAGACAAGCAAUUGUCCAGUGUUAGUCAUGUUAUUCUUGAUGAAAUCCAUGAAAGAAAUCUUCAAUCAGAUGUCUUAAUGACUAUUAUUAAAGAUCUUCUAAAUGUUCGACCAGAUCUGAAAGUAAUACUGAUGAGUGCUACUUUGAAUGCUGAGAAAUUUUCAGAAUAUUUUGACAAUUGUCCCAUGAUCCAUAUACCUGGAUUCACUUUCCCUGUUAUGGAAUAUCUUUUGGAAGAUGUAAUUGAAAAGUUAAGAUAUACUCCAGAAGAUACAGAUUACAGACCACGGCGGAAGAAGGGCUUUAUGCAAGGACAGAUCAGCAGACCAGAAAAGGAGGAGAAAGAAGAAAUCUAUAAAGAGCGAUGGCCAGAUUAUCUAAGGCAGCUGCGAGGAAGGUAUUCAGCAGGUACUAUAGAUGCGUUAGAAAUGAUGGAUGAUGACAAGAUUGAUCUUGACCUUAUAGCUGCACUUAUCAGACAUAUUGUCCUGGAGGAGGAGGAUGGUGCAAUACUGGUGUUUCUCCCAGGCUGGGACAAUAUUAGCACUUUACAUGACCUCUUGAUGUCACAAGUCAUGUUUAAGUCAGAUAGGUUCAUUAUUAUACCUCUGCAUUCACUGAUGCCUACUGUUAACCAGACACAGGUUUUUAAAAAGACCCCUCCUGGAGUACGGAAAAUUGUAAUUGCUACCAACAUUGCAGAGACUAGCAUUACCAUCGAUGAUGUGGUAUACGUUAUAGAUGGAGGAAAAAUAAAAGAAACUCACUUUGAUACGCAGAACAACAUUAGCACAAUGGCAGCAGAAUGGGUUAGUAAAGCUAAUGCCAAACAAAGGAAAGGUCGAGCAGGAAGAGUCCAGCCGGGUCACUGUUAUCAUCUAUAUAAUGGUCUCCGUGCCAGCCUACUGGAUGAUUAUCAAUUACCAGAAAUCCUAAGGACACCUUUGGAAGAACUUUGUUUACAAAUCAAGAUUCUAAGGCUUGGUGGAAUUGCUUAUUUUCUGAGUAGGCUAAUGGAUCCACCAUCUCGUGAAGCUGUGAUGUUGUCCAUAAAUCAUCUAAUGGAACUGAAUGCUUUGGAUAGACAAGAAGAACUGACUCCAUUAGGUGUCCACUUGGCACGAUUGCCAGUUGAGCCACAUAUUGGAAAAAUGAUCCUUUUUGGAGCUUUAUUCUGUUGCUUAGAUCCAGUACUCACAAUUGCAGCCAGCCUCAGCUUCAAGGACCCCUUUGUGAUUCCACUGGGCAAAGAGAAGGUAGCAGAUGCAAGAAGAAAAGAAUUAUCAAAGAAUACUAAAAGUGACCAUCUAACUAUUGUGAAUGCUUUUGCGGGCUGGGAAGAGGUCCGGCGACGUGGUUUCAGAAGUGAAAAGGACUAUUGCUGGGAGUAUUUUCUCUCUUCAAAUACACUUCAGAUGCUGCUUAACAUGAAAGGACAGUUUGCUGAACAUCUCCUUGCAGCUGGGUUUGUGAGUAGCAAAAACCCCCGAGAUCCCAAAUCUAAUACCAACUCAGAUAAUGAGAAGUUACUCAAAGCAGUCAUCUGUGCUGGUUUAUAUCCAAAAGUUGCAAAGAUCCGUAAAAGCUUUAGCAAAAAGAGAAAAAUGGUGAAAGUUUGCACCAAGACAGAUGGAACAGUUAACAUUCAUCCUAAAUCUGUUAAUGUGGAAGAGACAGAAUUCCAUUAUAACUGGCUUGUGUAUCAUUUGAAGAUGAGAACUAGCAGUAUUUACCUGUAUGAUUGUACAGAGGUCUCUCCAUACUGUCUUUUGUUCUUCGGAGGAGAUAUUUCCAUCCAAAAGGAUAAAGGUCAGGAUACCAUUGCAGUGGAUGACUGGAUUGUCUUUGAGUCUCCAGCAAGGAUAGGAAAUCUAGUUAAGGAUUUAAGAGGAGAACUGGAUGACCUUCUACAAGAAAAAAUUGAAAACCCACACCCUGUGGACUGGAAUGACACUAAAUCCAGGGACACUGCAGUGCUGACAGCCAUUAUAGACUUAAUCACAACACAGGAGAAUGAAAGUCCCAGAAACUAUGCCUCUCGAUUUCAGAAUGAACGUUACAGUUGACACUAUUAUGUUGGCGUUUGAGAAGAUGACACUUCACUAGUUUCCUUUUAUUUUAUAGCUUUUUGUCUAGCUAGAUGAAAGACUUUUUAGGGCAACUCAGUAAUUCCACUCGUAUUGAAGAGCAGUUAAUAUCAGUAGUUUAUAAUGGCUGUAGGUGCAUGGCAUCCAAUGUUUAAUGCAGCUUUUUAAAUAUGACAGUGCAAUGCUGUUGGUGUC